GCACGAACUACGGCAUUGAAUUGAGUUCUUCGCAACAUGUUUCGCCUGCAUAUCGGUUUUUUGUGCCUCGUCGUUGCAUUCUGCAUCCUUUUCGGAGUGUGCCACGCCUCCAGCGACUCCAUUUGUGUCCUGAGCGAUGCGCCUCAGCAAUGUGGCGCCUUCUGCCUGGCAGCAUUGCAUCCACUGUACGAUCAGUACUCCAAGUCCAGGCAACAGGAGCACAGCCAAGAGGCAAUGGUAAAGAUCAUAGCGGAUUCUCGGGCUGAGCAGAAGGAGACAAUGGUGAAGAUGAUAAAGGACUUUCGGACUGAGCAGAAGGAGCUCGUGACUCACUACUAUCAGGAUGUUCGGGAGCUGGUGAAUGUCCUUGCGGCGAAACUAGAUGCCGCCGCGAGCAGACAUGAAUCCACCUUGCAGAGUAGCCCAGCGAUGAAACCCGCCUAUACAGUGCAUCCCAUAUCCCACAGGAUUCGACCUGGAUACGUUAUGAUCAAAAAGAAGGAAGGAAGAGAAAUAAUCGACUUGUGAGCGAAGCGUGAGAUUGUCAAAAUUCCUAAAAUAAGUAAUAGCAAAGUGUCGGUAUUUUGUAAUAUAUGUAAAAUGUAUUCUGUAGAAUUACAUGUAGACAAAUGAAAAGUCACUUUCAUUUCUAGUACAGUGCUUGGCCGUAAGUGGCGCUGUAAUCCACAAUUCGAAUUCCCAUUCGUAUGCGAUUGCAAAUCCGCAUAUUUGUUUGACGUGACUUACAAAAUAAAACUAAGAAACCA